AUGGCUUCGAGUGUACCAUCAGGGGCGGAUCCUGCCGCGCAGAUCAUCUUGUCCUCUGCACUGCUGUCGCAAUUCCGUUAUGUUCCGAAAGCGCCACAAGGCACCCAAAGUCUCAGCAAGCACGAACGCGAAGACCCCUCCCUGAAGCCUUGGAACGUUCUCUCUUUUCUCAUCGCGACGGCCGGGGAUACCCAUGACGAGAUGGCAAACAGAGUGAUAGCAGUAUCAGGCAGCAUCACUUGCGGACAGAUCACCGUUUUUCUUGUUUCGCGCACUGACGCAGUUCCAGGUCAGCUGUCGCCAUCUACAAGGCUGUUCAUACCAGGCGAUGUCACGUUUCCACAACCCUCGUUCCGCCGGGUGCAGAAGGUCGUUGAUCCUGCCCAGCAUAUAGGCGAUGUAGUCAAUAUCGCCCAGUUCUUUGCGACUACGCCCAAAGAUCACAGGCCAAUAGACUCGGACUUCUUCCUUUUCCUCUUCUGUGUAUCUCGCUGCCUCCCGAAGCUCACUUCGCGCAUCGAAAACGGCGAUCGCAUCUGGAGUGGCCCCGAUUCACGUACCAAGGAGCCGGAUGGAGACAACUCACGCCACCCCACGACGGCCGUCUACAACGCGCUGCGCACCACACCGCCGGAAAAUAUAAGACCUAAUACCUUCAUCCAUUUGCGGAAGGGCCUCCGAAUCCGGCUCAAGAAGGCGAAGAUCCCUUUCUCCCCUCACUCCAACACCCACGACGCCUAUCCGAUCACAAACGAAAACGCGGUCGAUUGGGCCCAGUUGGUCAUGAACACCUUCCAGACAAUGAGGACGUAUUUCUGCGAUCUCCGCUCGAAGUGGCGUGUCCUCAAGGAUGAAAACGCCGCUUUCCCGCUACAGAUCAAUGAGUCCUCCCAUGCUUUCGAGACCAUGAAGCUUUUCAGAGCCCUUCUGGACGCCGGUGUCAUCAAGCAUAUUCUCACCACGGAGGUUGUAGCGAAGCUGCAGGAGAUGCGCCGGCGCAGUGAGGAAUCGAAGUCGUGCCCAGUGGAAAAGUUGGUGAAGAAAUUCAAGGUGAGGAAAUUCAAGGCAAAGGGUGUUCCAUCGACUAGGGGAUCGUCAACCGCCGUUAUGGCGUCGACCGGCGUAUCCGAACAGAGUACCCACGAAGAUGUCCCAGCGACUGUCAGCAAUGUGCAAUCAGUCGCCCCAUCUCCAGUCGACUCAGAACUACCGCAAACUAUCCAAGAGGACGUAUCGCCCACUGUCCAUGAGGUACCGCCCACUAUCCAUGAGGACGUACCCGACGAGGAGACACUGGAAGUCGCGGAUGGUGACGACGACGACGACGACGAAGAAGAAGCGGCGGACGCACGUGCGGAUCCAAACGAAUCGGUGGAACACCACCUUGUCCGGUAUCUGAGAACCGUGACGCUCCCCCUUGACAUCAUCAUCACUUUCAUCGGUCUCUCUUCGUCUCAAGGUGCUGGCAGCGCUCCGGCCGUUCAAGCCCUCUACGUGAACCACCCACCUGCUCAGCCCAUCGCUCGUCAAAACAACUUCACCGACAUCGAGGAGAAGAUGUCAACAUUCUUGACGAAACAAACAGCUGGUUCCCUCCCCGAGCCCGGAGAUGGUCCAUUUGCCGACGUCAUCUUCCCGGGGAUCGCGAAGUGGCCAAAGACGCUGGGGAAUCAGGUGAUGCAGAAAGUGAAUGGUGCAUGUGUACACGCUGAGGCCGCGCUCAUGGCGCGCGCAUGGCUGUCGCGACACGGCGGCGACUCAGCAGCGUCAUCGGAAGGCGAGGCGCUGAUACAGAGCGUGUUCUCGCACGAGCGCAUCCCCGUCGGAGUGAGCAAAAAGUGCUGCGUGUGCUGCGAGUAUCUUGCGCAGCUGCUCGGCGAACCCUCGGAGGACGGACAACCUGGUGUGGAGUUUGUUUUCUCGGGCACGCAUUCGACGGUCUUCCCUUGGGUUCCACCCUCAGGCCUCCCCCACGCAGUUCUCGAGAAGUUGGCGAAGAAGCUGAUUGCCGCGCUGGAUGAGGCCAUCAAAGUCUCCUCCAAAGAUGUCGGAUCGACACAGACCACACCGCUCCACGCUUCUGAGGAACUCCCCUACGUGGGUGAAGAUGAAGACGAGUUUGACAUGGUAAUGAAGCGACGGGAGGAGUGGUGGGAACCCGAGGCGGAGGAGUACUAG